AUGGCACUCAGAAGGCAUGUAAAAAACCUUGUGAAAAAUUAUUCUGAAGCUGAGGUAAAAGUCAGAGAAGCAACUUCUAAUGACCCUUGGGGUCCUUCCAGUUCUCUAAUGUUAGAGAUAAGUGACCUGACAUACAACACAAGUUCCCUUUCUGAGAUUAUGAACAUGAUCUGGCAUAGGAUGAAUGACCAUGGGAAGAACUGGAGACACGUGUACAAAUCUCUUACGCUCUUGGACUAUCUCAUCAAGAAUGGAUCAAAGAAAGUCAUACAACAUUGUCAAGAGGGUUUCUUUAACAUUCAGAUAUUAAAAGAUUUUCAUCAUCUAGAUGAAGCAGGAAAAGAUCAAGGUUUCCAUGUAAGGGAGAAGGCUAAGCAAGUUCUUGCUAUUUUAAAAGAUGAACAACUGAUGCAUAAUGAACGUGAAAUUGCGCGCCGGACUAGACGGCGCAUUUCACAUGCAAUUUCACAUGCAAUGCUUUUCUCCCAGAAGCCUUCUAACAAAGCUUAUGUACCAGCUACGCUUGGCUCAGAUCCCAUUUCAGAACUCCCUCCAUCAGAAAAUGUCCAACAUUUGCUGCCUAAGGCAUUACCUGCAGCAGAGCAAAACCAGCAGACAGGCAAAACAGAAAUAGCCCAAGAAGCAGCAGUACUGAAUAUCAUUGCAAAGAAGUCAUCAGAGGACUUGAUCAUCUUUAGUGAGGAUGAAUCCUGUCCUGUGGCUGUGGAGUCAACAUUUCCAGCUACUGUCUGUAAAGAGGAAUUGGCAAAAGGUACAAAGGCACCUGCUCAUAAUUCCUGGAAUACAGAAAUGGUUGCCAUAGAAACAACAACAAAAAUCCAAGGUACUUCAGCUGUGUGA